AAGCUGGGCUCACGCGUUAGUAGAAAACAGACCUUGGUCGAGUGCAGAGUAACGUUCGUGAAUUGUUUGCCUAGAAAAAGUUUGCUGUGUCGUGAAAAAUGAAGUCGUACACUGUGCUUCUCUUCCUGCUCGGGACUACGCUGGCCCAGUCAGACCAAUCGGGCCAACAGCUACAACCACAGCAGCAAUCCCAACAGCAAGUACUGAAGCCACUCGGAACGGUAGACAAACCAACGCUGCAGCUGGAAAAUCCUGCCUACGAUCCAUCCCUGUACCAGAAGUUCCUGCCCCAGGAUGCCGUCCAGCAGUACGUACACUCGUACACCGGACAUCCCUACCCAGCGACACCGUACUUCGGCGGUGCACCGUUCGAUGCGGCCACCGCUUUCGCUGCCAUCCCGACCGGAGGAUUCGAAGGCUUUCUCAUCCCAGCCCCGGUGGAGAAGGAUUCACCGUCACUGCUCAGCUCGAUGCGCACACUGCUCCCAAGCGCUCGUUCACUCGUCACGUUCGUCGGUCGACUAGUGUCGGUGUUGGUCGGAUCGGUCGGUGUGCUGUUCUUCGGCACGAUUCUCACUUCGCUCACCUGUUUCUUCACCCCGUUCUGUACCCUAUCGUUCCGCAACGCAAAGUUUCUUACCGGAGCUCAGGAGACGGCCCAGGAGAUCGUGCAGACGGUGGGCGAUCAGGUCACACCGGAGCGGGUUAAACGGGCGGCCGAAUUCCUGUACACCGCGAUCGAUCGUUUCCAGCGAUUAAACAACGUGGUAAAGGAGGCGACCGAACGGAAAGCGAACGCCGCCGCUAGGAGCUGAUUCACCCGGCAGAUUACCUUACGAACUAAGUCACCGUACGAUUGUGUCAUUACUCUCAAUAAACUACAUCUUACCCAUAUUCUAAA